UCCUGCACGACAGCAGACACUGACAAAUAUUGUUUUAAAUCUGUCGGAAGAAAUGCCUUUUAUUCAGAAGUCAGCUUUCAUUUUCAAGACGACUUUCGUAUUCGCUUUUCUGCGUCUCUUUUAACAUAUCUAUGGAAAUCACAUUGAUUAGUAGUUUCAUAACGAAGGCAAGUGUAAUGGUUUUAUUAUAAGAUUAACUAUGGGUGCUAAUAUCCUGGAAUCUAAUAUAAGCACCAACUUCACUCCCGGCGGCUACACGGGGACAGACCACGGAACUGGAGGGGCUCACCCGGGCUAUAUGAUGGUGAUUCUUGCCGUGCUUAUGAUUAUUCUGGUAGUCGUGGUUGUGGCUGGCAACGCACUUGUUAUCCUGGCUUUCAUUGUUGACAAGAGCCUACGAAAUCAAAGCAACUACUUCUUCCUCAACCUUGCCAUUUCUGAUUUUCUUGUUGGUGCAUUCUGCAUCCCUGUAUACAUCCCGUACAACCUGACAGGCCGCUGGGUGCUGGGCAGAGGUCUCUGUAAGCUGUGGCUCCUCAUGGACUACUUGCUCUGCACUGCCUCUGUCUUCAACAUAGUCCUCAUCAGCUAUGACCGGUUCCUCUCCGUCACCAGAGCAGUGAAAUAUAGAGCUCAGCGGAGCAUGACCCACCAUGCUGUGGUGAAGAUGGUGGCUGUGUGGGUGUUGGCCUUCCUUCUCUAUGGCCCUGCCAUUAUCUUCUGGGAGCUGGUUGUGGGUAAAAGCAUCGUCCCUGCCGACGAGUGUUUCGCUGAGUUCUACUGCACCUGGUACUUCCUACUCAGUGCGUCUACGUUUGAGUUCUUCACCCCCUUUAUCUCUGUGACCUUCUUCAACCUGUGCAUCUACCUGAACAUCCAGAGAAGGAACAAGAGCAGGGCUAUCCGUAAGGAGGACACCAAGGCACACAGGGACAGGGGCAGUCUCAGGGACGGGGGUGCUACCUUGUCUGUGUUUUUUGUCAAGACUCGCAAGGUAUCAUCGAGUGAGCCAACCGCUGUUUCAGAGGUGAUAGAGGAGGACGAGGAGCUGUCGCCAUCCUCCAGUGGGGAGCCCAGCAGCGGACACACCUUCAUUCAGAGAAACAAGGGCCCUUCCUGCAGGAAAACUUCCAGGCUCCUCCAAUUCCAGGCCCCCAUCGUGCCAUCCAGCAGGAGCUCAGAGGGCUCCCGCCUCUCCCGCGACAAGAAGAUUGCCAAGUCGCUGGCCAUUAUAGUGUGCAUUUUCGGGAUCUGCUGGGCACCUUACACCCUAACGAUGAUAAUACGAGCGGCCUGUAGCGGGCGAUGUGUGGAGCACUACUGGUACGAGGUGACGUUUUGGCUCUUGUGGCUGAACUCUGGUAUUAACCCUUUCCUUUACCCUCUAUGCCACAGCAGCUUCCGAAGGGCUUUUGCUAAGAUACUGUGCCCCAAGCGUCAGUCUGUCCAACCUCACAUUGAGACCCAGUCUUGCUAGUGAUGCAACGUAUGGCUGGCUGGGAGUCACUGGAGUGAGAAGACUACUGCAAAUGGAUAUGGAUUUUUUUCCUCAGGCAUUGUGGAAUGUUGUGUACAUAGCUCAGCCAUGAAUAGGAGUGUGAAACCCUUUUUUAGAUACUCACUUUGGUCUUUGUUAUUCAAAUAUGAUAGAAAAAAUGUUAUUACUGAUAUCCCUGUUUUUUUGUUUCAGACACAUCAAAUCCUUCUAUGUGCCAAGUUUGAAAUUUGCACUUAGAGGGUAAAACCAAGUGUUUGUAUUUACAUUUCAGAAGUGAAUCUACAUAUACUGUAAUAUUGAAAUACUAGUUGUUGUAGAUAUAUUUGUUGUGUUGUUGCUAAUGCAUUCGGGUGUGAAUAGUGUAGGUGCAGAUGCUCCUAGGACUGGGAGGAAAUCUCAAAUCUUAUCAGUGCUUCGUGUCUCUGCCAGUUAUAGAUCUGAAUGGUACUGGUAUACUUGUAAAUGUGCUAUGUAGAAAAAGAUUUUCACUGUUAUUUUCAGUGAAAUGUGAAAGAAUAGUUCAGUGUAAUACCAAAUCAAGUGUUCCUUGGUGUGUGUGUGAUUUUCAUGUGUUUACCCCUACUUCUACAUCACUUUGUUGCGAACAUGGUGAUGACACAGAGGUAAUAUACAGAUGGAGGAUCUUAAUUUGAGCCAGUUUGCUAGAGCAGGAAAAUAAUAAUGCAGCAACAGGAAAUGUGAAUGAUGAUGCAAAUUAUAAUUAAUGGACAUUUUGGUAGGGGUUCAUACAUUUUUCAUAAGGGUAAAUCAAGUCUCAAGUUUCAAUGUGGAAAUUACAAACUUCAGAAGCCUUUUUAAACCUUUUUUAAUAGUAGGUUCUGUACUAAUGUUAAAGAAAGGCUGAGGCAGUGAUACUUUAUGAAUAAAUAUAUUAACUAAAUAAUAAAAUGUCUAAGGAUGGUGCUACACCAUCUGGCAUAAAAAGAAAAGGGGACAGUUUGAUGCAAAAUCUUUAAAUAAAGGUUAGAAUCUAAUAACAAUAAAGGUUUAAAAAAAAUAAGGGUUAGAAAAUCUACACAUAAUACCCCAUAAUAACAAAGUGAAAACAGGUUU